GGGGUUUUUAAUCUGUUUCCUCUACAGGAAUGAUAUUUUUGUGUUCCUGUUAAGCACAAGAGCUGGAGGCUUGGGCAUUAACCUCACAGCUGCAGAUACGGUAAUUUUCUAUGACAGUGAUUGGAACCCAACAGUAGACCAGCAAGCCAUGGACCGGGCACAUAGGCUGGGUCAAACAAAACAAGUCACUGUAUACCGGUUGAUAUGUAAAGGCACUAUUGAGGAGCGCAUCUUACAAAGGGCUAAGGAAAAGAGUGAGAUCCAACGAAUGGUGAUUUCAGGUGGCAAUUUCAAACCUGACACCUUGAAGCCAAAAGAGGUGGUCAGCCUUCUGCUGGAUGAUGAGGAACUGGAAAAGAAAUUGCGUCAGCGUCAAGAAGAGAAGCGACAGCAAGAAGAAACAAAUCGUGUGAAGGAACGUAAACGUAAAAGGGAAAAAUACGCUGAAAAGAAGAAGAAGGAAGAUGAAUUGGAUGGGAAGAGAAAGAAAGAGGGCAUGAACCUUGUGAUCCCGUUUGUUCCCUCGGCUGAUAACUCCAACCUGUCUGCUGAUGGGGAUGACUCCUUCAUUAGUGUAGACUCUGCCAUGCCCAGCCCUUUCAGUGAGAUAUCCAUUAACAGUGAAUUACAUAUGGGCUCUAUUCCUCCUGAUGAGAGCAGUAGUGAUAUGCUUGUGAUUGUGGAUGAUCCAGCUUCUUCAGCACCUCAGUCGAGGGCAACAAACUCUCCUGUGUCCAUUACUGGCUCAGUGUCAGAUACCAUGAAUGGUGUUUCAAUGCAAGAUACACCUCUCGCUGGGAGAGGCCAGUCAGGUCGAAGCCGGGGUCGUCCUAAAGGUUCGGGCAGUGGAUCAAAAGGCGGCACUGGGAAAGGCAGAAGCCGGAAAUCGAUAGCGGGAAGUGCAGCUGCAAUGGCUGGUGCCAAAGCAGGGGCAGCAGCAGCCUCUGCAGCGGCAUAUGCAGCGUACGGGUACAAUGUCUCUAAAGGCAUGUCUGCAAGUAGCCCUCUACAAACAGCAAUUAUUCGGCCUUCUGGACUUACAGAUUUUGGACCUUCAAGCGCCUCUUCUCCCUUGAGCUCCCCUUUGAGCAAAGGAAACAGUGUUUGUGGGACCCCCAAAAGCUUAAACCUGACCAGCAGUCUCAUAUCGGAAACUCCAAUUCGGAAGCAGAGCAAAGGUGCCCACACCUCAGGUGGUCGGUAGUGAUUUUGAACCCCCAAAGCUUGUCUGAACUGCGUUGGCUUUCAGAGUAGACCACCCUGCCAGUUGAAGGCAUGUGAAUGAAUGCCUUGUUGCUGUCCAGCACAUAUGUGAAAAGAAAAUCAAAGCACAAUGGGAAAGGGUGGUUUAUGUGAGCACUUUGAUUAUGUGUAUUCCAAAAAACUAUCUUUGCAGACACUGCAAGAAGGAGGGAAGGGAGUCUGGGGUAACUGGGAGAGUGUCAGCUUGUGUUUUAUUGACACAUCUGACCAAGAUUCCCAAGAAAGCAUCCAGCUACUCCAUGCAAUAUCCUGCAGCUGUGUGUGCUUGAAGUCACACCAAUAUACUUUCUCUCUUGUAGCUUGAGGUGGAACCCAGUGUUAGUUUUUAUCCUAUGAAAUCUGUGUCGGAACCCCAAGAGUAUCCUGUAGAGUCACGAGACUUUUCCAUACUGGCAGCUGGUCAGUGUACGUGCAGGGGUAACUGGCAGCUAAGCUGAAGACGGUGUGUGAUCAAAGAAAAUCUUGGAUUCUUCUAGUGUGGGCCUCUGGGUUCUUUAAGGGUUUGAAAUGCGAAGGAGGGUGUCUUGGGUGGUUUCCAGGGAAUGGACUCUUUUCAGCACCAUUUGUCAGGAGGAGGUUCAGGGCCGCAGAAUGCAGAGCGCGCUGGCAGGCCUAGUGAGAGCAGCAGCACUGCCUCUGCUUCAUGCAGUGGAAGAAACCACAAGCCAAUGGUUUGGGUUGCAUUUCAGAGUUCUCAUCAGCAUGAAUGCUUGCUGUGUUCAGAGUGAGUUCUGUCACUUUUGAGGUUUGCAGAACUCUUAAAAGCUUAGAAUCAAAACAAGGCUUUAUUUGUACAAAUCUCAAGAAGAGGGGAAGCUGAAGAGUUUUGAGGAAGAGUUUGCUGCUGCUGCUCUCACUGUGCCAUAGCAGAGCACAGUUCUGUAGCUGGCAGUGCUGUGAGGGGAGCAACGAAAACCAAUCCUGAGAGAGACAGAACUGUGCCAUUUCCCCCUUCCAGCCAAAUCCUGGGAAGAAAAUUGUCUCUUAUCCCAGCCAUCCAUUGACUGUUCUUCCAGUGUGUUUUCCCUUCAUAUUUGUGGUCAUCACACCUCCUAGCUUGGUCGAGUGCACUGCGGUGUGCAGGUACCAGUAGCCAUGUCCCAUAAGGCUGAUAGAAGGCAGCGUGGCCAGUGCCUGUCUGUGUUCUCAUUCUCUGGUUGUUCCUUCCCCAUCCUCAAUGCACAAACCCUUCCCGUAGCCCCUUGCUUUGCUGUAAGCGUUGUCUGCAUUGCACUGAGAUGUAGGUGUGGGGCAGUGCUUCUGCCUGCCACAUUGAAUUAAAAGGCUGUUCUGCCGGGGCACUUUCAUCCCUUGAGAGAGAAGCAAGUUGAGUUGCAGGUCUGGGCUGUGACAGCUGAAGAUGACUUUUUUUUUUUUUAUUGUUAUAAUUCUUUUCCAACCCCAAAUCCUUUGCCUGGCGUCCUACAGUGUGGAGCGAGUGCUUCCUGUUGGCUCUGCCUCUAAUUUGCACACCUGAAAAUAGCAGAACUGAGCUUAGUUAGAUUGAUUUUUAAACAGAUUUGCAGGGGAUAAUUGAGGGGGAGGUGGUGUUUAAUUAACUGAUGAAGACUUCCCCCUUCCUCUCCUAUUCACAUGUAUAUAUGAUAUUUAGAGGGAAUCAGAUAAAUGCCAAGCCUUUUUUUCUCUUUGAAUGUGCUGUCUAUUUUUAUAACUGAACUUGUACAUAUGUAUAAAGAGAGACACAUCUUUCUUUUACUAACCGGAGAAGAAAAUCUUAAAUAAAAUGGAGUGAGAUAAUUUUAUGUAAA